AUGGCCCUCAUUCUUGGUGUCCUGCUGCUGCUGGGGCUGUGUGGGAAUACCAUGUCAGGAGGGCAGUCUGUAUCCACAGACACUCCUGGGGCUCUGAAUUACGAAUUGCUUGAAAUGAAGUUCGAAACCCAAGACUCCUACCAAGCCGGGCCCAUUGGCGCCCUCUUCAACAUGGUGCACAUCUUCCUUUCUGUGGUGCAGCCCAACGAUUUCCCUGCAGAGACUAUCAGAAGAAUCAUACAGAAGAAGGCAAAUUCCUCAUUAAGUGUAGACACCAAAGAAAUAGUCUCCUACGAGAUUGGUGUCAUUGUGUGUGCUCUCCUGGGACUGCUGUUUAUCAUUCUGAUGCCUGUGGUGGGAUAUUUCUUUUGCAUGUGUCGUUGCUGUAACAAAUGUGGUGGAAAAAUGCACCAGCGACAGAAAGCAAGUGGGCCCUGCCGGAGGAAAUUCUUUGCAGGCUCCCUCUUGGUGAUCUGUGUACUUAUAAGCCUUGGCAUCCUCUAUGCCUUUUUGGCCAACAACCAGGUAAGGACCCUGACCAAAAGCACUCAGAAACUGGCAGACAGCAACUUCAAAGACUUGCGAACAUUCCUGAAGGAAACCCCAAAGACCACGAACAUCCUGUUAGGGACGUCCAGUUGUAUUUUCUCAUUAUACUUCGCAAAAAGCUUUUACCUUCUUGUAGUCACUGGAAUUAAUUCGUUGCUUGGAGGCAGAAUUCACAAACAACUAAAACCUAAAGUGAUCCCUGUUCUUGAUGAAAUCAAGGCCAUGGCUACAGCAAUCAAAGAGACCAAGGAGGCCCUGGAGAAUAUGAACAACAGCUUGCGGAUUCUGAGUGAUGGAAGUACACAGCUUAGCAACAACCUGACCAACGUGAAAGACAGCAUCCAGAGGUCACUCAGCGACAGCCAUUGCUCCUCAAACCAAGCAAAGAGCAUCUGUGACGAAAUCAGAUCAUCUCUAGGACUUCUGGAGAGCAACUCUGACUUGGGUCAGCUUCCAUCUGUGGAUUCUCAACUAGAAAGUGUCAAUGACAUUCUUAGAACAAAUCUGGAUGAGCUGGUCACAGAGGGUUAUAGAGCCUUUGAUGAAAUACCUGAGAAGGUACAAAACGAAACUACAGACAUCGUAACAGAUGUCAAAGAGGUCUUGAAUUCCAUUGGCUCAGUCAUUGACAGUGUAUCCAAACAGAUUCCUAUUCAGGACACGUUGUCAGAUUUAACUGGUUACCUGAAUAACACAGAGGAUUUUUUCCAUCACAGUCUACCCACUAUGGAAAAAGAUGACUCGUACUGGUGGCUGGGUGGCUUGAUUAUCUGCUUCUUGCUGACCCUCAUUGUGAUAUUUUUUUACCUGGGCUUGCUGUGUGGCGUAUGUGGCUAUGACAAGCAUGCCACCCCAACCAGCAGAGGCUGCGUGUCCAACAUGGGAGGCAUCUUCCUCAUGACUGGAGUUGGAUUAAGUUUCCUGUUUUGCUGGUUAUUGAUGAUCUUUGUGGCUCUUACUUUUAUCAUUGGUACAAAUAUACAAAAAUUGGUCUGUGAACCAUUUGCAGAUAUGAGUAUAUUCCAGGUUCUGGACACCCCCUACUUAAUAAACGAGGAAUGGAAAUACUACCUCUCUGGCAUGAUACUCAAUAACCCAGAUAUUAAGCUCACUUUUGAACAAGUUUACAGUGAUUGCAAAAAAGAUAGGGGUAUUUAUGCCACACUUCAGCUUCAGAACCUCUACAAUGUCAGUGAGCAUCUCAGCAUCCAGGAGCACACUGGAAACAUAAUCAGUGAAUUUGAAAAUAUGAACUUCACUCUUGAUAACAUUGUGCUGCUGGAUGCAGCAGGAAUUAAAAACCUCCAGGAUUUUGCUACUUGUGGGAUAGACAAAAUAAACUAUACCACCUACUUGGCUCAGGCUGAUAAAUCCCCUGUAAAAGUGAAUCUUGUAUCAUUUUCAAAUGAUCUAGAAGCAAAAGCAAACCGUUUGACCUCAGAAAACUUGAAACAGUCCUUGAAAGCAGAUGCACAAACUCUUAGAAAUAUUCACCAGCAGCAAGUCCUUCCUAUGGAGCAAUCUCUGAGCACUUUACAACAAUGCAUCAGGAUACUUCAGCAAAUGAGCAGCGGAUUACCGGAGAGAGUGUCCAAGAUCCUUUACUGUUUGGAUUCUGCUCAGAACUUCGUCACAAAUAAUAUUUCUUCUAUUAUUUUUGAAGAGACUAGGAAUUUUGGGAGAACAAUAAUAGGAUACUUUGAACAUUAUCUACAGUGGGUUGAGUUCUCUAUCACUGAGAAAAUAGCAUCCUGUAAACCUGUGGCCACCGCCCUGGACUCUGCGAUUGGGGUCAUUCUGUGUAACUACAUUGUUAACCCACUGAAUUUGUUCUGGUUUGGCAUAGGAAAAGCUGUUGUGCUUUUACUUCUGGCUGUCGUCUUUGCUGUAAAGUUGGCCAAGUACUACAGGCGAAUGGAUUCGGAGGAUGUGUAUGACGACAGCUCUCUCUCGGGGACUUGGCAUUUCACUUUAUGAUAACUCUUGUUACUACUUUUCGCGUUGGCUCUGCGGUCUGCCCUUUGCUCUGUAUCUGCUGAGUGUCCAUUUCAUUUUCAC